CAAUAAACGCGAACUGCAAGGUCCAAAGUUGCCGCUUAACUGAAUACACAAAUGGUAAGGACGGCAAAGGCGUUACAAUGGCAACACAAUCCCGAAUUCUAGCAGACGGCCGUAUCAAACUUGUAAUGGUUGUGAUGUGCUGUAUUACGGCUUGGUAUUUGGGCCAAGUGUUAGCAGAUCACAUCUUCGAUGGCUUUCUACAUAAACAGCUUAAGACAAUUCAGAAGAUUGUGCAGAAACCUACCUUUAAAGAACCUGCUCCAAAACACCAUAAAUGUGGUCAUCGGAAUCCAUGUCCUACAGGAACAUUUGCUUUCACAGUGUUGAGUGGUGCUGAGCGAAUCAAUCCUCCCAAAAUUUGUUUUGAGGAUGAAAUACUCCUGGGUAGUAUGAAGAAUAACUUUGGCAGGGGCAUGAAUAUUGCCAUCGUGGAAGCCAAGACAGGAAAAUUUGUGAACGCCGGAUGUUUUGAUCUAUGGGAAGGAGAUAAUUCAGGACAAAUGAUUGAAUUUAUUAAAAAAGCACCAGAUGGAUCUCUCAUCUUGAUGGCAACAUUUGAUGAUAGUUCUACCAGGCUGAACAAAGAAGCUAAGACAUAUAUUGAGGGGUUGGGUAGCAAGCUGAUACAGAAUCUGCACUUGCGAGGAAACUGGGUCUUUCUUGGCUCGAAAGGAUUCACGCUACCAGAGAACUUUCAGAGGGAGAAGAUUAUCAACGUGGAGGGUACAAAUAAUCAGUAUGGGAGCUGGCCAGCAGAGAUCCAGAUUGAUGGCUGUUUCUCACCAAAGACUGACUACCUGUAACAAGCACUUGCAGCUCUCCGUGUCUUUCACAACUCAACUUCCCUAUUCUCAGGAAAGAUUUCCAAAACUGAGCCAUUGGACUCAAAAUGGUAACUGUUUCUCUCUCCACUGAUGCUGCUAGUCCUGCUCAGUUUCUCCAACACUUUUAUUUCAGAUCUCCAGCAAUGCCAUUUCACUUUUAUUCACUGACUUAUUACUAGGUUCAGAUGUAUGGGUGAUGGUCAUAGCAGUAGGCUGAAAACUGUCACUGGAAAUAGCAUCAAAUUAGCUGAAGGAGCAAAAAGAAAGAUUCACACUUCAUCAGGUCAAACAAAGCAAAUCAAACAGAAAAGGUGAGAUAGCAAGAACUGCAGAUGCUGCAGUCAGACAUAACACAGUUUAGAGCUGGAUGAACACAGCAGGUCAGGCAGGAUCAGGGGAGCAGCAAAGCUGACGUUUUGGAUCAGGACUUUUCAAGAACACAAAAUGUCAACCUUCCCUGCUCCUCUGACACUGCUUGGCCUGCUGUGUUCCUCCAGCUCCACACACUGUUAUAUCAAACACAAAAGGUGUCAUUUUAACCCAAUUUCUCAUGUUGGCGGGGGAGAGUGGGAUGAAACCCUGGUUUCUCACCCAGCUCAAUUUCACUUUCCAUUCAGACAUUGUAUAAAUCAGACUAUGUACUUGAUCCUGUCAACAUGCCAACAGGGGGAUGUGUCUUAACAUUUCCACCAGAGUUACCCAGCUUCUUGAAUCAAAUGAACACCUGUAUUACCGGCUCCAGCCACCUCCUCUUUACCAUGGAUGUGAAAUCCCUUUACACAUCCAUUCCCCACCAGGAGGGUCUUAGGGCUCUCUGCUUCUUCCUGGCACAAUGACCUGACCUGUCCCCACCCACCACCACCCUCCUCUGCUUGGCCAAGCUUGUCCUCACCCUCAACAACUUCUCUUUCAACUCCUCUCAUUUUCUUCAGGUAAGAGGGGUUGCCACAUGGGCCCUAGCUAUGCUUGUCUUUUCGUGGGGUACGUGGAACAUUUCUUGUUCCAGUCCUAUUCCGGCCCCACCCACAACUCUUUCUCUGAUACAUCGAUAAU